GUGCUCAGCAUUCCCAGCAAUAUAAAACCUGCUUGUAGCCAGUUCUUGACUUGAGCUCUCUUCCCCCGUCAUAUUCUUUCGUUAUUUCACAUUCUUUUUCGUAGAUCUUUUUCUUAAUUAUUAGGCAGUCCUUCCGAUCCCCCCUGGCGCUGGCCUUGCUAGGAUCGCCGUGUUGAUAUCGCAAGAACAGAGGAAGAGGGUUCUUCCGGAGAAGGAUUUGUUUGGAGAUGACGUCGAGCGUGGAUUUUGAGGCGCUCCGGCCGUCGCCGGCCGACGUGCGGGUUCUCACGUCCGACGGGAGCGCCAUCGCAGCGCACUCGCCCGUUCUUGCCUCGGCGUCGCCGGUGCUGGAGCGGAUGAUCGGGCGUGCGCGGCGCGGGUGGGACACCGGCUGCUCCAUCCGCAUCCUCGGCGCCGCCCCCGACGCCGUCGCCUCCUUCCUCCGCUUCCUCUACUCCCAGAGCCAGAGGGAGGCGACGGGGGAGUGGCCGGAGGAGGAGGCUAUGGCGGCGCACGGGGCGGCGCUGCUGGCGCUGGCGCACGCGUACCGGGUGGCGUGGCUGAAGCGGCGCGCGGAAGAGGCCCUAGCGGCGCGGCUGACCGCGGAGCGCGCCGUGGACGUGCUGAAGCUGGCGGCGCUCUGCGACGCGCCGCGGCUGCGCCUGCGGUGCGCGCGCCUCGCAGGCAAGGACCUCGCCGCCGUCGAGCUCUCCGACGGGUGGCGCUUCGCGGGCCGACACGACGCCGCGCUCCAGAUUGGCCUGCUCCAGCUCCUCCACGACGCCGACCAGAGGAAGAAGAGAUGGGAUAGGGAGAGAGCGUCCCAGGCGGUGUACCGGCAGCUCAGCGACGCCAUGGCCUCCCUGGAGCGCGUCUUCCUCACCGAAGCGUCCCCGUGCGACGACAACGACAGAGGCGCCUGCACGGCGCACCAGGGCCUCGUGCAGCUCACGAGGCACUUGGCCGGGUGCGGCAACAAGGGAGGAGAAGGAGGCUGCCAGCACUGCAACCGCAUGUUCCAGCUCCUCCGGCUCCACUCCUCCGUCUGCCACCGCGCCCACGGCGAACCUUGCAGGGUUCCCCUAUGCAGCAAUCUCAAGACGAAGAUGAAAGCAGAGAAAGUGGACAAGACGUGGAGGCUCCUCGUGAAGAAGGUGACGAGGGCUGGAGCCAUGGCUGCUCUGGCCAACAGGGAAGUGCCGGAGAUGGUGAACAAGUCGUGGGCCAAAUGCAGCAGGAGUAGAGGCUGCAGAGCGACUAGAUUCAGAUAGAAAUUUAGCACUGAAUUAAACAAGCUGAACAAGAGAUCGAGCAGAUUUGCUAUGUCUCGCUCGAUUGACAAAUUAAUUAUUGUUUCUAAAUCAAACUAGUCAGUAGUCACACGUUAUGAAAUCUGAGUUGCACAAAAAAAGUGUGUAACUUUAGGUGCGUAGGAAUGUGUAACUGACUACUCAAUUUAUGUACGGCAAGGCCAUACCUGAUACCUACCUUUGUCAUAGUAUUUCUUGUGCAAAUUUUGGGCAGGAGAAACAUUACACUUUACGACCCUACACUUA